CCAAGGGCGCGGGGCGGUGAUGAGUGAGGCGACGAUAGCUCCCGGGGUCUAGCGAGCCAUGCCUGCCACUGCCAUGUUCUCUAACCUCAAGAGCCGAGUGGGGGGUGGCGGAGGCGGUGGUGCCGCGCAGAACGUGCUCGACCACAACCCCAUCACCCAAUACUUCGAGAUCGGCAAAGUUGUCGCCAGCGCGGGGCCGGAGCACGUGUGGAAGAUCCAUGACGCCUAUCGAAAAAGUGAUGGGAAGGAAGUGUCGGUGUUUGUGUUCGAGAAGAGGAGUGCGGAGAAGCUGCACAAGCCCAAGAGGAAGGAAACGGUCACUGAACUGUUACGGGGGUCGGUGCGGCAGUUGGAGAGGUUCCGCCACCCCAAGGUACUACAGGUCCACCAUCCCAUCGAGGAGUGCAACGACACCCUGGCCUUCGCCUCGGAGCCGGUCCUGGCCAGCCUAGCGAACAUUCUGGCCUUCCAGGAGCCCAGUCAAGUGGGUCCUCCGGCGACCGGAGCCUCGCAACACCCGCCACCGCAGAACACCCCACGGCCACCCCACGCGCGAGAGUACCACUUCCUCGACAUCGAGCUCAAGUACGGCAUCCUCCAGAUCACGGAAGCGCUGUCGUUCCUCCACUACUCGGGUCACGUACUGCAUAGGAACGUGUGUCCAAGUAGUAUUCUUGUCACCAAGAAGGGAACGUGGAAACUGGGCGGACUCGAGUUCACUGAGCGGAUGAACGACGUGGACGGGCUGGAACCACUCUCCUGUCAGCCCUGGACGUCGCGCCUCCCCAAGAUGGCUCAACCUGACCUCGACUUCACCGCACCAGAGGUUCAAACAUCUUCUGUGUGCAGCGUGCUCAGUGACAUGUUCUCCCUGGGCAUGGUGAUCUGCGCCAUCUUCAACCAGGGGAGACCACUGAUACAAGCAAACCAUAGUAGCUCUACCUACUUGAAGCAGCUGGAACUGCUGGAAGACCAAGUGCACAACUUGCUACCUCGGGUGCCUAUACCUCUUCAGGAGGCCGCAGUCCGACUCUUGAGCAGAGAGACGAGGCAGCGGCCCACCGCGCAACUCCUCUCCCUCAUCAAAUACUUUAGUGAUCCUGCAGUGCAGGCGCUGCAGUUUCUGGAUGUUAUUAACAUGAAGGACCCCACCCAGAAAUCCCACUUUUACAGAAAUACACUGAAAGAAGUAUUACCUUACAUCCCACGGAAACUGUGGUUCCAGCACGUAUGGCCUUGUCUGCAGCAGGAGAUGAGAACCCAGGAAGUCCUGGCCGCCGUGCUCCAGCCCAUCAUUUACUUGAUACAGGAGUGUUCGGUGGAGGAGUACGAGAACAUCAUCUUACCACCUUUCAGAAACGUUUUCUCUAUUCCGAAGUCUAUCCAGGCAACUGUGACGCUGCUGGAGAACUUGCACAUCAUCCUGGAGAAGACUCCUCGCGACGACAUCCGCACCGAAGUCUUGCCUAUGCUCUACAACGCUUUCGAGAGCACAACCAUCCAAGUUCAGACGGCUGCGCUGGUCGCAGUGACGAACGUCUCCGAAUAUCUGGACGAGUCCAGUAUUCGCCGGAUGGUGCUCCCAAAGAUGAAGACGGUCUACGAGAAGAACGCGACCGACCUGAAGAUCGUGGGCAACAUCCUGUCGUGUAUCGAGAAAACAUUGGAUCGACUGGAGAGGCCGCAGAUCAUCGAUGAGGUCCUUCCGCUCCUGUGGGACGUGCGUCUCCAGGACCCCGACAUCAUACUCAGGGUUGUAAAUAUAUACAGACUGAUGCUGAGUGACAAGAAAUACGGCCUGUCAGUAAACUUGAUGGCCACCAGGGUCAUGCCUUCGCUUCUUCCCCAGACCGUCAAUCCUUCACUGAACCUCGAACAGUUCACAAUUCUGUUUGAGGUCCUUCAAGAAAUGUUGGACCACAUUGAUAGGAACCAAAGGAACCGGUUAAAACUGGAUAAUAUUUCCCUGCCGAGCCCAGAACGACACCGGCCCUUGCGCCAUCUGUACAGCUCCGACAACAUGCAUGUCCCCCCCUUCAAUAUUCCAAACUUGCGUAUCGAGCAGCGUAAGACCUCGAGUGCAGAAGAUAUGGCUAGGAAAAACUCAACUGACUCUGGAAUGUUAGGCGGCUGGUGGUUCGGAGCAUCUCCUUCUUCACCAGAUAGCAAUUUCUUGAGGGUCCAUAAUGCGUUCCCCAACCGCCGCCUAUCUGACAACACUCUGAUGACGCCCAAGAUCAGGAUCGCCCCCUCGUGUGCGUCCUCUCCCGGAGGGACUCCGGGUGGUGGUCUGCCGAUCCGCCGACACUCCAGUAUUGGCCCACAGGAACGAAGAGGAUCCACCAUCAACCUGUCACCACCGACAGGCGGCAGUAUGCCCAACACGAGCAGUAGUGUACCUUUCCUGUUGAGCAGCAGCAUGCAAAGCAUCCGUUCGCGGCGGCCCUCGGCCUGCCUGUCCUCCUCGCAGGGCUCAGGCCUGCUACAGCAACUGGGCUCCGGCAUGGUAAGACAGCUCUCGCUCUCAGGAUCACAGGCCAACGGAAGGGCAUUCCCUGGUACCAAUGUAAGGCAAUGUCCUUCCUUCUGCUAUAUCUCUCUCUCCCUCGCUUCCUCUGUGUGAGGCCCCGGUAGCGCGCGGGCCUCUCUCUCUGUGCUUGUAGUCUCGACAUGUAUGACUGAGUGAGAGGACCGAUCAUCCAUUUCAGAGUUGAUGUCAUCAUCUAAAAUCGACCCCAAAAACACCAUUUGGCUGUUAAAUUUUAUCCAAAUCUAAAACUGGACGAGUGAUAACCGAUUAGAUUAGAACAUUUGGACCCUUGCGUACGGCCUAAACCCUCCCCGACAACUCUAGCCCUUACCUAAAUACCAUUCACCAUCUUCAUGUGUAUAAACCUAA